CAGGGCUCGGGAGAACAAUGGACUCAGUUGUCAAGGAACAAGGAUUCGAAAUGGGUUGUGAAUUAUCUAUUUCUCUUGAUAUGUUUGCAAGCCUGCCCCAUUUAAGGACAUGUGACUGCAUUGAGUUUGAUUUCAACGCGUAACGCUCUUCAUUUGAUGCUUCAAUUUUGACUAAGGAUAAAAAGUGCUGAAGAUGAGUCACCUGUAGACAGAACAGCUCAGCGAUUUUAAGCCAAUCAUGGCUAGUUUGCUGGAGCAAUAUGCUCAGUCGAGCCAGGCGGCCGGGCCCCGGUCGGUCCCAGCAGGGGCGUCGGCCAGCGUCGUGCAGCCCAUCUUCACGAAGCAGAAGGUGAACUUCCAGCCGACGUCUCCCAUCACCCAUCUGGUGGUGGCGAACCAUCAGCUGGUGGUGGCGCUGGCCAACAAAACUCUGCUGAGAAUCGACCUGAUGCAACCCGAUCAGCCGCAUGAGGUGGAUCUAUCCAAGGAGACGGCCGGCUGUCGUGUUCAGCAGCUGUACCUGGACCCGUCCGGCCACCAUCUACUGGUGGCGGCGGCGCCGCGCGACGGAGACCUGACCGGCGCACAGCUCCUCUACCUACCCGGCAGGGCGGUCAGGGCCAGACAGGUGGGUCAGCUGCGCGGUCAGCUGAUUACGGCCGUUGGAUGGAGCCACACUCUGGCCACCCCGGCCACCACUGGACCGCUGCUGGCGGGGAACUCUCAGGGAGUCGUCACUGAACUGGAGCUCACCGCCGACGAGAGGAGGUUCUCGCGACUGGAGGUCUACAAUAAACAGGUGUUGGAGCUCAGCCCUCCAGCCUCGGUAACCGGUCUGGAGUACCACCGGGUACCCGACACGGACCGGUACCUGGCGCUGGUGGCCACUGCCGGACGACUGUACCAGUACACCGGUACCGUACCGGCCCACGACGCGCGGCCGCUGCUGACGCCGCUCUUCGCCGUUCAGGAGCGUUUUCUGGAGAUUCCCAGCUCUCUGUCGUUCUCUCGGCUGGCGUUCUUCUACCCGCGGCCCGGCGCGCCGCCGGAGCGGUUCGCCUGGCUCACUGAACCUGGAGUGCUGGUCGGACGGGUGGACACGGAUGGCACAGACGGUCUAGUAACCGACACUCACCUCCUGGCUCACGACACAAACGGAGCAGGAGCCGCCGGAGCCACCGGAGCCGGAGGCGGAGCCGGAGCGGGGGGCGGACAGCAGCGACACGCGCCACGUGCCCUGGCGCUCACAGAGUUCCACGUGCUGCUACUGCAGCCGGCACGUGUGCGCGCCACGUGUGUGCUCGACCAGCGACACGUGUUUGAAGACCUGGCCAGUGAGGCUCACGGUCCUCUGCUGACCAUCUGCCGUGACCCGAUACACGGCACCCUAUGGAGCGCCGCCGAGAGGGCCGUCUACAAAUACAAGGUGGUGGAUGAGACCAGGGAUGUCUGGCAGGUGUUCGUAUCUAAAGGACAGUACGAUCUGGCUCGCCAGCACUGUCAGAGCAACCCGGCCGUGGUGGACCGAAUUACAGCUCACCAGGCGGAGGACUGCUUCGACAAGGGAGAGUUCGCCCGCAGCGCUGAGCUGUUCGCGGACUCCCGGUGCCGACUGGAGGAAGUGGCCCUCAAGUUCAUGGGCAAAGAGGAGUACGGUCCACUACGACAGUUCCUUAUGAUGCGCCUGUCGUCCCUGCCCGCCUCUGGCGGGGUCCGCGCCGCCCUGCUGGUCAUCUGGUGCCUGGAGUUGUUCCUCACUCAGCUGGAUAGGCUGGAGGAGGAGGAGGAGCAGAGCAGGAGGAAGCUGCGGAAGGAGAUGAUGCAGUUCCUGACGUCGCAGCGCGCGCUGGAUCACGUGCGUCAGGCGCGCAGUACCAUGUACGACCUGAUGUCGCGCCACGGAGACUGGGCGGCCGUCACAGAGCUGGCAGAGCUACUCGGGGACUGGGAGACGGUGGUGAGACAUCACCUCAAGAACGGACACGUCACCAAAGCGCUGGAGACGCUGCGCCGCCACCCGGAUCCGCAGCUGCUCUGUGAGCUGGUCCCUCAGCUGGUCCGAGCCGAACCCACUCUUACCAUAGACCUGGUGGUCGCUCAGGGACGGAAACUCAAACCGGCGCUGCUCAUGCCGCGACUCAUACUGGCCGAUACGUCCGAGGAACAGGGUCAGCAGAUUCUGCGCUACCUGGAGUUUUGCGUCAACACUCUGGAGAGUACUGACAACGUGGCUCAUAACUACUUGGUCACUCUGUACACGCGGUACAGGCCUGACAAACUGAUGGCCUACCUGCACGGACAAGGGUCCGACCGCCACUGCGUGCACUACACUCCGGGCCACGUGCUGCGCCAGUGCUUCGUGCGCCAGCCGCGGGCGGCCGUACACGUUCUGACCGUGGUUGGACGGUACCAGGAGGCGGUGGAGCUGGCCCUGAAGCAUGACGUGGCGCUGGCCAAACAGGUGGCUAACCUACCCGAGGAUGACGACACGCUGAAAAAGAGGCUCUGGUUGCUGAUUGCCAAGCACACGAUCCAGUGUGACCAGGACGUGCAGCGGACGAUGCAGUUUCUGGCCGAGUGUCGGCUGCUCAGGAUCGAGGACGUGCUGCCCUUCUUCCCCGACUUCGUCACCAUCGACGACUUCAAGGAGGCCAUCUGUGACUCUCUGCAGUCUUACAACGAACACAUCGGAGAGCUACGAACUGACAUGGAGGAGGCGGCGCGGGCCACCGAACUGCUGAGAACGGAAAUUGAACACUUCCGGGAGGGAUACGUCACCGUACAGGCGUCAGACACAUGUCAGAUCUGCCGCCAUCAGCUCCUCACCCGGCCUCUGUACGUGUUUCCCUGCGGCCACAAGUUCCAUCAGGACUGUCUGGCGGACGAGGUGACCCCAUUACUCAGUCAGGAGCAGCGCGACAGGGUCGCUGAACUCGAGCACAAGCUGACCACGCUACCAGAGGACGACCUGGGGUCGGCAGCGGCCGGCGGAGUGACCCAGGUCAGCCCACGGGUCACCGUCAGGGAAGAACUGGACGAGCUGGUGGCCGCCGAGUGUCUCUACUGCGGCGACUACCUUAUCAGGGUACUGGACGAACCUCUACUCAACGACUUUCCGGAGCGCUAGUGACCUACUCUUCCCCUCUCACACAUACGCAGGGGUCACAACGCUACUUCGUGAUAUCAAAGGGUAGGUGAGAUAUAGCAGCAGCUGGUGGUAAAAGACCAGUCUACUCAUCGGGCUAGCGUGAGAAAGUGGUCACUAUCAUGAUAUAUUAUUUCUUGUGUAUGCUUAUUGCCUAUACAUUAUGUGUGUAACUAUCGCAUUGUUUAUGCCAUUGUGGAGUCUGUGUCCAACACGCUAUCUUGGUAAACCGUAUCGGAGGCUGUAUUGCUGGAAUGGGAGCGCCUGUGUACGGGAGGAGAGGGGAGGAAGGGAUAGAACAGGCGUCAUCCUGUCCAUUCAGUUGGUUAUGGGUGUGUCUGGCCGUCCCUUUUCUCUGCAGAGAUGAUGUAUAGUCGUCAUUCAUUCACGUCUAGUCGCGGCUGAGUGUGAGCCGCCCUUUACUUUCCAUAGAUGGGAAUAGGUCGAGUAGGGCAGGGACAGGCGUCAUCCAUUCACAGCACUGUUAACUAGUGUGUCUGGACCGGGUCUUAGCUCCCCAUAGAGAGAAGGGGACAGGACAGAUGUCAUGGACGCUUCCACUACUGGCUAGCCACGGCUGUGUCUGUACUUCCCCCUCCUCUCAUCCUCUCCUUUUUUCUUAGACAAGGCGUGGCACCACAGUCCGAAAUUCAGCCUCCGUGGGGUUAUGAGGCGCGCGGUACCGGCCAAUGGAUGGUCCGCUCUUCGGGCGGGUCUGUUCGCUGGUAUGUGCUGGUGGGUUGCGCGUAUCUGAUUCCAGUAUGUUGCAUUUGUGAUGAUUUUGUGUGUGGCAGUGUAAGCGAGAAAUGUAUCAUUAUAAGCCAACUGAUAAUGAUUUUUCUUCGCGGUGAGAGCUAGCGCCGCCUAUGUGAUUGCGUCAUACCGCCCGCUCGUCAAGUCUGCAUGACCCGGGCACGGGUCAUUCGUGCGCGCGGCACCGGCGGGAGCGGGCGACCGAUACCGAGCGCGGGCAUCGCAUUCGCAGUUCGUCAGCAGCACAGGCAGUUUGGCACUGCAGAGGUGAGCCGGCUUUGAGUUCGCCCUGACGAAAACUAAACUGUGAGCGUGUUGCCGAUCAGUUUUUGACAUCGCAUAUUUAUUCUUUGCGCAUAUUAACUAUUUGCAUGAGCAUUCGUUUCACUGGUCUCGGCUCUGAGGGCCGCUUGAUUUUUCGCGUCAUAUACGACCCUACUAAUUGAACUCUCUGUACUGUGUGCACACAUUGCUCGGCCCCCGUUAUUCUCCGGUCGAGAAGCAUGUGUGUGCAGAUGCAGCUUUUUCAGAUUUUGUCGGUAUCACCACUUGCGGCGCUAGUUCAAAUGAACUUACACUGGGUCUUGAGCUGCAUGUGACUAUUGGUUCCCGUCCCCGCCUGUGCCGUGGUCGAUAGCCGCAUCGGCUGCCCGUGCCCCAGGGCACUGUCGGCAUCUGGUGCCUGGCCGGCGCGGCCCGGACGCCAGGCCGGCCGACCUGCCCUCUGGGCCCCCGGGGCAUUGACCUACUGACCUCACUCGAGCAUGGGGCAACAUCAGUCACCGGACCCGGGCGCACAGACCUCAGCGAGGGGUGAGCAACGGGCUCAUGCGUCACGAGGAGCGCCGCCAGGGGCCGCUCAGCGCCUAGAGGCAGCUCAGUCGCGGCUACGCCCCAACGUUCUCCUGUCCCAGCGCCAGCGGACGCCGGGACCUCUAUGAUGACGGCCACGAGUGUCCAGCCACACUCGUCCGGUGCACCAGCUGCACCAGCUGCCCCUGCCGACACCGUCACGUUCAGCAGGGAGCAGCUGAGCGAGAUGAUCGGUGAGAUGGUUCAGGCUGCUGUGGCAGCCGCUGUGCCAGCGGCCGUCUCCGUCCCAUCGACGUCUCAACAUACGUCGCCGGGGGCACCGCUAGACCUCAGGCAGCCGGCGACCGCAGUGUUCCCGCCGCAAAUGGGCUCUGAAAGAAACGAACAACCAGGUAACUCCCCAGGCUCCGCGGCAUGCGUGUCCUCAGACAUCAGUUUUCACGUAACAGCCACUACCAGGCACAACAUUGUAGGCCACCGUUUUGUCGAUCUUGGCUCAUUGCUCGACACUUCUGAUCCUCGCUCUCAAGCGCCUGAAGGCACCUUCAACCUCGUUGAUGGUCGUCUGCAGCCAGCACGUUCCACACGCGUCAUUCAGACGUUCGGAACAUGGUCAGUUGCUUUUCUUCGGUACGCAGGUAUUUACCUGCAAGCCCAUCCGGAGGAUGCCCUCGGGCUCAUCACUCACAUGCGCCAAGUCAGCUCCCUCUCAGCUCCCGGCAUGGGGUUCGCUUGGAGGGAAUAUGACGAGCAGUUUCGCCGCGCUCGCGAGCUCUUCCCACACGCGUACAAGUGGGGCGAAUCCGAUGCAAACUCGCCAAUUUGGCUGAACGCUAUCGGCCGCGGCAUCGCCAGCGUCUCAAAGGGGCAGGUCCCGGGGCCUUCGGGGGCGCGGAAUUUUCAACCCAUCUGCCUCUCAUUCAAUCGCCCCGGUGGAUGUACGCGCGGCCGCUGCCGCUACAUCCACUCCUGUCGGUUCUGUCGCGGAAACCACAGCGCCCUCCGCUGCCCUCGGCGCAACGCCAUGCGCAGUCAGCGGCCGGUCACCCCGCACGCCGCCCUCCCCGCUACUAGGAAAUAGCGGACUACCCACUGGCAUUGUGCCCGCUGUCAGCGUGCCACCUACCGUGCUUCGUGAGCUCCUUCUUGGCUAUGAUGAAAUUCUUGCAUCCUAUUUGGUGGACGGGUUCGAAAGAGGCUUCUCAAUCGGCUGUUUGGGGCUGCCCUCGGGUGGCAUGCAGCCCAAUCUACCUUCAUGCGAUCUCGCGCCCGAAGUAAUCGACGCAUACAUCGAUUCCGAGAGGCGUGCGGGUCGCAUUGCCGGUCCUUUUCACCCACACUGUUCAUGGAUUAAAAAGUUUUCCCCGAUCGGGCUCAUCCCGAAAAAGACGCCGGGGACUUAUCGCGUCAUCCAUCACCUUUCCUUCCCAACCGGUGGAUCUGUCAAUGACUUCAUCCCCAGAGAAUUCACAUCAGUUCACUAUGGCUCAGUGGACGAUGCUGUUAAGUUGAUUUCCACCAUGCAUUUUCCUUACUUGGCCAAGACAGAUAUCGCCAGUGCAUUUCGCAUCAUUCCAAUUCGCCCAGCGGACUGCCCUAUGCUGGGUUUUCACUGGCGCGGCUCCGCGUAUGUUGACCUGGCUCUGCCCAUGGGAUGUUCGAGCAGCUCAAAAAUUUUUCAGACGUUCAGCGACUCCCUGAUAUGGAUGGCUCAGAACAAAUUUUCUGUCGGACGGAUGGUUUCUGUGCUAGAUGAUUUUCUAUUUAUUGACGGAAGUCAUGAGGAAUGCUUGUCGUCUCUGAAUGCGUUUCGACGCAUGUGCACAGAGCUCCAUGUUCCACUGCGCGCUGACAAAACAGUUGAGCCAUGCCGUGCCCUCACAUUCCUGGGCAUAGAAUUGGAUGUGGACGCUCAAGAACUGCGCUUGCCUCCUGAAAAGCUCCAGCGUGCGAUCGCAGGAGUGAGUUCGCUAUUGACGCGCAAAAAGGCUCCCCUACGGGAGGUUCAAUCCUGCCUUGGUCUUCUUAACUUUGCCUGCAUGGCUGUACCUCUUGGACGUGUGUUCCUUCGCCGAAUGUACGAUCUCUGUCGAGGCGCGCUCCGUCCACACCACCGUGUGACGCUCACCAAGGCGGCCCGGCUGGAUCUCCAGGCAUGGCAGAUCAUGCUGACGUCCUUCCAUGGUCGAUCUCUCCUGGAAUCAAGGCGCUGGGAUCGAGAGCCUGGAAUCAGCCUCGAAACUGAUGCGUCAGGAAGCACGGGUAUUGGGGCCAUCUGUGGAAAUGCGUGGCUAUCAGGCCAAUGGCCUGACCAGCUUAGUAGUGCUGACAUCUGUGUUAAAGAACUGAUUGCCGUCGUCAUUGCCGUCUCCGUGUGGUGCACACGACUCAGCAAUCGUUGUGUGCUCGUUCGCUGCGACAAUGCAGCGGUGGUAGAGUGCAUCACCUCUCAAUCGUCCCGUUCACCAGAACUGAUGCACUGGCUGAGGAGACUUUUUGUCACUACAUGUUUGCACAACAUUCUUGUCCGCGCUAUUCACACCCCUGGUUCCCUUAAUCUCGCAGCUGACGCCCUUUCGCGUGGCUUGCUUCAGGUGUUCAGACGCCUCAGGCCUCUCGCGGAUCAGCAGCCCACGCCUUGGGACUGGGCCGACCACGUCCCCCGUCAACCAUAGCAGCGCUCCUGUCAGCGGCGCUGGCUCCUGCAACGGCCCGGGCCUAUCACGCCAUCUGGGCGGAGCUGCGGAAUUUUCUUCGGCGGUCGGCCUCGGACAGCCUGUUUCCAGUCAGUGUCGAUGAACUGGCCUGUUUCAUCGCGUCUCGAUACGAUGCUGGAUCUGCAGCUGCCACUCUAUCUAGUGUCGUGUCUGCUAUUUCAUAUGGCCACAAAGUCCAUGGUUUAGCCGACCCCUCAACGAAUUUUCGCAUCAGACAGAUGUUGACAGGUGCUCGUCGCCUGCGGCCGAGCCGGGAUAUGCGUACUGCAAUCACCUUGCCAGAACUGGGACAGCUGUGUAACGCUCUUCGGCAGGCCGCCAUGUCUCCUUUAGAACGUUCCGCGUUCCAUGCCAUUUUCACGCUGGCGUUCUUUGCCCUUCUCCGACCCGGCGAAGUGGUUCGUUGUGGCCGACAGGAACAUUUCCUACGGAUGGGUGGAGUGCGGUUGCAGCACAGGCAUCUUUUCAUUACCAUUCCCUCGUCCAAGACCUCACAGACGCCGGUCACGUUCCAGUUGGAGGAGCGGUCAGACCUCCCGGAAUGUCCUGUGGCUGCUGUCCGCUCCUAUUUGCUGCUGCGCGGGGCCGGGCACCAGCAUGAGGCUCUGUUCGUCGGUGAUGGGCGCCGUCCAAUCACUGGAAAUCAGCUCAAUCGUGCCCUCCGGCAGACAAGCCAAAUAGCCGGUCUGUCUAGGGCCCAUCUGUCUGGCCAUUGCCUACGCAUUGGUGGGGCGUCGCAUGGCGCUAUUAUCGGCAUGACUGAGGUGCAACUCAGUCAGGCGGGACGCUGGUCCUCUCAGGCUAUGCAUCGAUAUGUCCGACGUCACGUCUCUGUUUUACGAGCUACUCCUCAGGCACCUGCAGUGCCAUAGGGUCCAGGUCACGACGCACUGGUACUAUUCCGCCCGUUCCCUUGUUCUAUGGCGCGUUUUGGUCUCUGCUCUGCUAUGCGCCUGUCGUGGGGCCAAAUUUCGUUAGCGGAGCAAUGUAAAUGAUUCUCGUGGCUCUGCUGUGCGCUGGUCUGAGAUUGGUGCUAGUUUCGCCGGCUGAUUUUUCGUUGCACUGCUCAGCCGUGCGCUAGUCCAAGCUUAGUGCCAGUUACGCCGGCCGACCUCUCGUUGCAUUGCUGAGCCGUGCGCUGGUCCAAAAUUGGUGCCAGUUACGCCGGCCGACCUUUUCGCUGCAUUUGCUGAACCGUGCGCUGGUCCAAGAUUGGUGCCAGUUACGCCGGCCAAUUUUUCGAUACACCGUUUCAGCCGUGCGCUGGUCCGAGAUUGGUGCCAGUUACGCCGGCCGAUUUUUCGCUACACCGUUCAGCCGUGCGCUGGUCCGAAAUUGGUGCCAGUUACGCCGGCAGGCAUUCGCAACAUGAAUGUUCCCUACGCUGCACAUCUCCCCCGCUUGCAUCUCAUUAUUCGUCGUCUGUACACUAAUGUAACUCGUCAGGGCCUUCGUGUGAGCGGCAGAUGUAAUCUUGCAAUCAUUCGCAGUAUAGCUAAUUCGUUUCGCAUCGCUGUGUGCAGACAAGGUGUUGAUGCGAGCGGUGUCUGGCGCGUUCUUCCGCCUGUCUUCUGCGUUAUGUCGCUGUUUGUGCUGGCCAGGUGCGUAGCAAUGUUUUUGUUUGGCUUGUAUGCGUAUGCGUUAUUUGCUUGAAUCUGCCUAGAAUUAUCUUAUUACGUUUUCCCUGCCUACGCAUCGUUCUCGGGUUCGUGGGGGUAGUGGGCUUUUCCUCACCCAAAAGCAUCGUUGAACUGCACAAUACAUAGACCCAUAAUCACAACGACGCCUUUGCGAGCUCGAACGAAGCGUAGAAAUGUAUCAUUAUAAGCCAACUGAUAAUGAUUUUUCUUCGCGGUGAGAGCUAGCGCCGCCUAUGUGAUUGCGUCAUACCGCCCGCUCGUCAAGUCUGCAUGACCCGGGCACGGGUCAUUCGUGCGCGCGGCACCGGCGGGAGCGGGCGGCCGAUACCGAGCGCGGGCAUCGCAUUCUUCACCACCCACCUCCCCGCCGCCACCGACUGUACUGUUUCACGUCGUAGUGGGUAAUCCAUGUUGCAUGCACUACUAUGUUGCAACUGCUCAAUCUCCGCGUAUAUGCUUCAUGCCUUGUAUGUUCCCAUAUCUUCGGCUAUGUAUUGUGGGCUUUUCCUCACCCAAAGGCAUCGUUGAACUGCACAAUACAUAGACCCAUAAUCACAA